CCAGGGGGCGAGGGGCUGGCCGGGCAUUGGAGCUUGAUUGGGUGUCUGUUGAUUUUACGUUGCAAAGAACAAGGCAGCCACCCCUCUUAUCUUCCCAUGAUUACAUUCCAGUGAAGAGGUUCAGAAAAGAGGGAGGCUUAGCUUGGAACUCCCAAGCCUUGGAGAUGUGGUCCCCCAAAAGUUUAGUCGGCGAAUCGGAGACUGAAUGGUGACGCGAAGGGGCAGGCGCGCCUAGGGUGCUCGUAUGAGGCGUGCGGCGGCAGGAUUGUAAAGCGCUCCUCGGAUUGCCUGCCCCGGGUGACCUCCUGGACCUGCCCUGGCGGAAUCCGGACUUGCCCCGCCGAGAUGACGAGGAAUAAUUCUGCUACAGGGCUGACUUCAAGGACGUGAAUUGGUGACCUCAUCCCAACAUCAGAACCUCAGCUGUUAUUCUAAUUUUUGCACCAUUCCUGGCAAGUUGACUUUAUUUGGAAGUAAAAUUGAACCUUGGGGUCUGAUGGAAAUUCACUGUGACAUUGAAAUCAAGAACACUUACUGAACCCCACAGAGCCUUUUCCACAUGGGCCCUGAUGGUAGCCUCCAGAAGGUGCAGCCUCAGGUGGUCCCCCUUCUGUGGCAAGAAUAAAGUUUGGGUCUCAGAUUGCAACACCACCUGUGGAGAAAAUGGUAUGUGAGGGAAAGCGAUCAGCCUCUUGCCCUUGUUUCUUCCUCCUGACCGCCAAGUUCUACUGGAUCCUCACGAUGAUGCAAAGAACUCACAGCCAAGAGUACGCCCAUUCCAUACGAGUGGAUGGGGACAUCAUUUUGGGGGGUCUCUUCCCUGUCCAUGCCAAGGGCGAGAGAGGGGUGCCUUGUGGGGAGCUGAAGAAGGAAAAGGGGAUCCACAGACUGGAGGCCAUGCUUUAUGCAAUCGACCAGAUUAAUAAGGACCCUGAUCUCCUCUCCAAUAUCACUCUGGGUGUCCGGAUCCUCGACACAUGCUCCAGGGACACCUACGCUUUGGAGCAGUCACUAACGUUCGUGCAGGCACUGAUAGAGAAAGACGCUUCCGACGUGAAGUGUGCUAAUGGAGAUCCGCCCAUUUUCACCAAGCCUGACAAGAUUUCUGGCGUCAUAGGUGCUGCCGCGAGCUCCGUGUCCAUCAUGGUGGCUAACAUUUUAAGACUUUUUAAGAUACCUCAAAUCAGCUAUGCAUCCACAGCCCCGGAGCUAAGUGAUAACACCAGGUAUGACUUCUUCUCUCGGGUGGUCCCACCUGACUCCUAUCAAGCGCAGGCCAUGGUGGACAUUGUGACGGCACUGGGGUGGAAUUAUGUGUCGACUCUGGCUUCCGAGGGCAACUAUGGAGAGAGUGGCGUGGAGGCCUUCACGCAGAUCUCGAGGGAGAUUGGUGGUGUAUGCAUUGCUCAAUCACAGAAAAUCCCACGUGAACCAAGACCUGGAGAAUUUGAAAAAAUUAUCAAGCGCCUGCUAGAAACACCUAAUGCUCGGGCAGUGAUUAUGUUUGCCAAUGAAGACGACAUCAGGAGGAUAUUGGAAGCAGCGAAAAAAUUAAACCAAAGUGGGCAUUUUCUCUGGAUCGGCUCAGAUAGUUGGGGAUCCAAAAUAGCACCAGUUUAUCAGCAGGAGGAGAUUGCAGAAGGGGCUGUGACAAUUUUGCCCAAAAGAGCAUCAAUCGAUGGGUUUGAUCGAUACUUUAGGAGCCGAACUCUUGCCAAUAAUCGAAGAAAUGUAUGGUUCGCAGAAUUCUGGGAGGAGAAUUUUGGAUGCAAAUUGGGGUCACAUGGAAAAAGGAACAGUCAUAUCAAGAAAUGCACAGGGCUGGAGCGAAUUGCACGGGAUUCAUCUUACGAACAAGAAGGAAAGGUCCAGUUUGUGAUUGAUGCCGUGUAUUCCAUGGCUUAUGCUCUGCACAAUAUGCACAAAGAUCUCUGCCCUGGAUACAUUGGCCUUUGCCCACGAAUGAGUACCAUUGAUGGGAAAGAACUUCUCGGUUAUAUUCGAGCUGUGAAUUUCAAUGGUAGUGCUGGGACACCCGUCACUUUUAAUGAAAAUGGAGAUGCUCCUGGACGUUACGAUAUCUUCCAGUAUCAAAUAACCAACAAAAGUACAGAAUAUAGAAUCAUUGGGCACUGGACCAAUCAGCUUCAUCUAAAAGUGGAAGACAUGCAGUGGGCUAAUAGAGAACACACUCACCCGGCGUCUGUCUGCAGCCUGCCCUGUAAGCCCGGGGAGAGGAAGAAAACAGUGAAAGGAGUCCCUUGCUGCUGGCACUGCGAGCGCUGUGAAGGCUACAACUACCAGGUGGAUGAGCUCUCCUGCGAACUCUGCCCUUUGGAUCAGAGACCGAACACCAACCGCACAGGCUGCCAGCUCAUCCCCAUCAUCAAACUCGAGUGGCAUUCUCCCUGGGCUGUGGUGCCUGUGUUCGUGGCAAUACUGGGAAUCAUUGCCACCACCUUCGUGAUCGUGACCUUUGUCCGCUAUAACGACACACCCAUCGUGAGGGCUUCGGGACGCGAGCUUAGUUACGUACUCCUAACGGGGAUCUUUCUCUGCUAUUCGAUCACCUUUCUAAUGAUCGCAGCGCCAGAUACAAUCAUCUGCUCCUUCCGACGGAUCUUCCUGGGACUUGGCAUGUGUUUCAGUUAUGCAGCCCUUCUUACCAAAACAAACCGAAUCCACCGAAUAUUUGAGCAGGGGAAGAAAUCUGUCACAGCACCCAAGUUUAUCAGUCCGGCAUCCCAGCUGGUGAUCACCUUCAGCCUCAUCUCCAUCCAGCUCCUGGGUGUGUGUGUCUGGUUUGUGGUGGACCCCCCGCACAUCAUCAUUGACUAUGGAGAACAGCGGACUCUAGACCCAGAGAACGCCAGGGGAGUGCUCAAGUGUGACAUUUCUGACCUCUCGCUCAUUUGCUCACUGGGGUACAGUAUCCUCUUGAUGGUCACUUGUACUGUUUAUGCCAUUAAAACGAGAGGAGUUCCAGAGACUUUCAAUGAAGCCAAACCUAUUGGAUUUACCAUGUACACCACCUGCAUCAUUUGGUUAGCUUUCAUUCCCAUCUUUUUUGGUACAGCCCAGUCAGCAGAAAAGAUGUACAUCCAGACAACAACACUUACUGUCUCCAUGAGUUUAAGUGCUUCGGUGUCUCUGGGCAUGCUCUACAUGCCCAAGGUUUAUAUCAUAAUUUUUCAUCCAGAGCAGAACGUUCAGAAACGCAAAAGGAGCUUCAAGGCUGUGGUGACAGCUGCCACCAUGCAAAGCAAACUGACCCAAAAAGGAAAUGACAGACCAAAUGGCGAGGUGAAAAGUGAACUCUGUGAGAGUCUUGAAACCAACACUUCCUCUACCAAGACGACAUAUAUCAGCUACAGCAAUCAUUCAAUCUGAAACAGGGAAAUGAUACAAUGUGAAGAACUCUGGUAUGUGAUCUUAAACAAUGAACAGUGACACCGCCAAAAACUCACUCCUGGAGAUCUCUGUAGACUACAAUCAAUCAAAUCAAUAGUUAAUCUUGUAAGGAACAAAAAGUAGCCACAAACCAAAAGUAUCAAUACAGGGAGUGAAGAAACCCGUGUUAUACAAUACAACCAAUGAGUGUCAAGCUAAAUUAUUGCUUACUCACGAGCAGUUUAAAAAAAAAAAAUCACAAAGGGAAAACUAAUGUUAGCUUGUGAAAAAAAAAUGCUGUUGAAAUAAACCAUGUCUGAUGUUAUUCUUGUAAGUAUUUUUCUGUGAUUGUGAGAACUCCCGUUCCCGUCCCACAUUGUUCAACUUGUAUAAGACAAUGAAUCUGUUUCUUGUAAUGGCUGACCGGAUUGAAGCCCUGGGUUGUGCUAAAAAUAAAUGCAAUGGUUGACG